AUGAUUAAUAGUUUAAUACAGUUAUAUCAUUACUCAUUAGAUUUUGAUCCUCCGACGAUUUCUCAGACAAGUUUUCAAUCUAAUUCUUUAUUAGAACUUCAACGAUUUUGUAUAGAUUGUAUGACUAAACAUCCUCAAAAAAUGUUCAAGUCACUUAAUUUUACUUCACUUUCUGAAAAAGCUUUGGUUUCACUUAUUAAAAGGGAUGAUUUACAAAUGAAAGAAGUCGAAAUUUGGGAACAUGUUUUAAAAUGGAGACUUACAUACAGGAAUGUUGAUGAAAUUAUUGAUUCAAAAAUUGUUAAUUUAAAUAGAUUUCAAGAUGGAGGAAGUCAAGAUGGAUUCUCUCCUAAGAUGUUUCAUGAAUUAUGUAAUAAUAUAUUUCAUACCAUUACAUUCAUUAAAGUAAUAGGAACAGAAGAAAUUAUUGGAGGAUAUAAUCCUUUGAUUUGA